AUGACUAUUUUAAAGUUAUUUAUAGCCUCACUUUUAGUAAGCUAAAUAGCUGCACUAGGUGCUGAUGUUACUUGCUCUACUAACGCAUGCACAAGUUGCCCAACUGCUCCAACUGCUCCUGGUACCUUGACCUGGUAGACUGGUUCAGCUACUCGAUUUUGUGCUAUUAAUAGCUGUCCUGCAGCAGGUACUUCAUCAGGAAUUACUGGUGCUUCUGAUCUAUUCUGCACAUCUUGUCCUGGUACUCCUAAUGGCUAAGUUCAAGCUAUCUAUGCUAAUUUUGCAUAAAAUGCUUGUGUUGCUGCAAGUGCAAGUUGUAGUAAUACUAGACCUCCUAAUACAUGGAAUGAUGCAGAUUGCUUUAUUUGUCAUGGAACUAGCGCCUAAUAUGCUAAGGGGGAUUAUUCUGAUUGCUAAGCAACUCCACCUGGUGCUGAUGUUACUUGCUCUACUAACGCAUGCACAAGUUGCCCAACUGCUCCAACUGCUCCUGGUACCUUGACCUGGUAGACUGGUUCAGCUACUGGAUUUUGUGUUAUUAAUAGCUGUCCUGCAGCAGGUACUUCAUCAGGAAUUACUGGUGCUUCUGAUCUAUUCUGCGCAUCUUGUCCUGGUACUCCUAAUGGCUAAGUUCGAGCUAUCUAUGCUAAUUUUGCAUAAAAUGCUUGUGUUGCUGCAAGUGCAAGUUGUAGUAAUACAAGAACUCCUAAUACAUGGAAUAAUGCAGAUUGCCUUAUUUGUCAUGGAACUAGCGCCUAAUAUGCUAAGGGGGAUGGUUCUGAUUGCUAAGCAACUCCACCUGGUGCUGAUGUUACUUGCUCUACUAAUGCAUGUACAAGUUGCCCAACUGCUCCAACUGCUCCUGGUACCUUGACCUGGUAGAUUGGUUCAGUUCCUGGAUAAUGUGCUAUUAAUAGCUGUCCUGCAGCAGGUACUUCAUCAGGAAUUACUGGUGCUUCUGAUCUCUUCUGCAAAUCUUGUCCUGGUACUCCUAAUGGCUAAGUUCAAGCUAUCUAUGCUAAUUUUGCAUAAAAUGCUUGUGUUGCUGCAAGUGCAAGUUGUAGUAAUACAAGAACUCCUAAUACAUGGAAUAAUGCAGAUUGCCUUAUUUGUCAUGGAACUAGCGCCAAAUAUGCUAAGGGGGAUGGAUCUGAUUGCUAAGCAACUCCACCUGGUGCUGAUGUUACUUGCUCUACUAAUGCAUGUACAAGUUGCCCAACUGCUCCAACUGCUCCUGGUACCUUGACCUGGUAGAUUGGUUCAGUUCCUGGAUAAUGUGCUAUUAAUAGCUGUCCUGCAGCAGGUACUUCAUCAGGAAUUACUGGUGCUUCUGAUCUCUUCUGCAAAUCUUGUCCUGGUACUCCUAAUGGCUAAGUUCAAGCUAUCUAUGCUAAUACUGCAUAAAAUGGUUGUGUUGCUGCAAGUGCAACUUGUGGUAAUUCUAGAACUACUAAUACAUGGACUAAUGCAGAUUGCCUUCUCUGUCAUGGAACUAGCGCCUAAUAUGCUAAGGGGGAUGGAUCUGAUUGCUAAGCAAUUCCACCUGGUGCUGGUGCUGAUGUUACUUGCUCUACUAACGCAUGCGCAAGUUGCCCAACUGCUCCUGGUACCUUGACCUGGUAGACUGGUUCAGUUCCUGGAUAAUGUGCUAUUAAUAGAUGUCCUGCAGCAGGUACUUCAUCAGGAAUUACUGGUGCUUCUGAUCUCUUCUGCAAAUCUUGUCCUGGUACUCCUAAUGGCUAAGUUCAAGCUAUCUAUGCUAAUACUGCAUAAAAUGGUUGUGUUGCUGCAAGUGCAACUUGUGGUAAUACUAGAACUACUAAUACAUGGACUAAUGCAGAUUGCCUUGCCUGUAAUGGAACUACCGCCUAAUAUGCUAAGGCUGAUAAAUCUGGUUGCUCUUUAACAGCUCCUUCUUCUUCUUCUUCUUCUUCUACUUCUUCUUCAACAAACUCAAUGAUAAUUUUGAGCUCAGUUUUAUUUUUAAUUUCAUUCCUUUUCUGA